AUGGCUGCCCUGGGUGGGUUGCAGGUAGAUCUCUCGGUGAGCUUUGACCAGGUGGGCGGCCUGGACCACUACAUCAGGGCGCUCAAGGAGAUGGUGUUCCUGCCGCUGGUCUACCCAGAGCUCUUCGAGCGCUUCCACAUCAGCCCCCCUCGCGGCGUGCUCUUCUACGGGCCCCCAGGCACGGGCAAAACAUUGGUGGCGCGAGCACUUGCGGCCACGGCAAGCCGGGCCGGCCGCAAGGUGGCGUUUUUCAUGCGCAAGGGUGCGGACGUGCUGUCCAAGUGGGUGGGUGAGGCGGAGCGUCAGCUGCGCAUGCUCUUCGAGGAGGCCCAGCGCCAGCAGCCAGCCAUCAUCUUCUUCGACGAGAUCGACGGCCUCGCCCCGGUACGCAGCAGCAAGCAGGACCAGAUCCACAACAGCAUCGUCUCCACGCUGCUUGCACUGAUGGACGGCCUCGACUCGCGCGGCAGCGUCGUCGUCAUCGGCGCGACAAACAGGGUCGACGCGUUGGACGCGGCGUUGCGGCGGCCGGGCCGUUUUGACCGUGAGCUGGUGUUCCCUCUGCCGAGCCUGCAUGCGCGCGCGUCCAUUCUAGACAUCCACACACGCGCAUGGGCGCAGCCGCCCGGCCCCGACCUUCUAGACCGCCUCGCGCAGAUGUGCGUCGGCUACUGCGGCGCCGACCUCAAGGCGCUGUGCACGGAGGCUUCGCUGCAGGCGAUGCGGCGGCACUAUCCGCAGAUCUACGACAGCGACGAGAAGCUGCUCAUCGAUCCCAGCCGCGUCACCGUCAGCCGCCGCGAUUUCCUGUCUGCCUUCUCUGCCAUGACCCCCGCCUCCCACCGCUCAGCCACCGCCCACGCCAGGUCAUCCUCUCUUUGUCCUUUUUCCCCUGUCUUUGGCACUCUCUCUCACUGUCUCUGUCUCUAUCUCUCUUUCUGGCCUUCUCGUCUCUCUUUCUGUGAUCCUGUGGAUGUCUUUGUACUUUGCCAAUUUUUCAUCUCUUGA